AUGGCUACGGCCGAGACCUCUCUCAUACAGAAGGAACCUGUCGCACACGAUAUUGUGGCGGCUUCAAAACAAGACAUAACUCCUGGCCCAGAUAAACCCGAGUGCACGAGUAUUAUUGACGAAGCCGCUGGUGGAGUAGCCUUUGAGACAAGCAUCCAUCAGAGCGCGAAGCCCGAUACGAUGAUGACGGAGCCGGACAACACAGAAACGGAGCAUGUCCAUGAAGAUGUCGGCUCAGCAGAAAUACCCUCCGAGGCUGUUGCGUCUUCCAAGGCCGCCGGGGAAUCCAGUCACAUCUCUCAAAAAGACCAAGGAGCUACACCAUUAAAGCUUGACGCGGACAGACCGAUGUCGCCUCCCUCGUCGAGAAAGCGCGGUGCGUCUGAAGCGGGUCUGGAGCAGGAACCCGACAGACCAAAGGAGCGGCGGCGGGACUUUUCGCAGGAGGAGAAGAAGCGUGGGCAACGCCUGUUUGGAGGGCUGCUAAGUACCUUGAGCCAGAAACCUCCCGGACGGCGGCAGCCCGUCGAGCGGAAACAGCACGAGAAGGCGCAGCAGCGCAAAGAAGAAGAUAACAGACGAAAGGCCGAGAUCCAGGAGAAGCUAGCAAAACUCAACCGGAGACGGAAGAUACAGCAGAUCAAGCUUGACGAACAGACUAUGCGUGCCCGUCAUGAUGACAUGCUGGCGAAAGCGUAUAGCCUGCGGACAAAGACUCGGCCACCAUUGUACUACCGUCCAUGGGAGUUCACCAGUGAAGAAGAAGACAUAAUCGACGAGCAGGUCCGCGACGCCAAAGAAGAAAUAGAACGAGAAUUCAGAGAAUUUGAGCGCACCAAACAGCAGAGACUUGAGCAGCUGGGAGUACAGCCUUCACAGAAGCCCACAAGUGGCAACGACGACAGAAGAGCCUCAACGGUCGGUGAGCCUCUUGACACUCAAGUACCUAACUCAACCAGAGCAUCAGAUUCUACUAAUCGUCCCCAUCCCAAACCCGUUGAAAGAGAUCACGACGAAGUCGUCGAGACAGAGGAGGACACGACUGCAAUUCAAACCUCUGAAGUGAUAUUGUAA